AAAUCGCAUUACGAUUAUUCCACAUGACAGUGAGUGUGCAAUAAGCAAUGAGGGAUAAUCAUUCUCACAAGCACACACAUAGUAUUCCACCUAUAUAAAUAGGCACACUCUUGGUCACACUAAAUCAUCAAAGCCUAACUCAACCUCACAACUGAAGUCUAGAGCCAUGGCAAUGAGAACCCUUCUCUUCUCACUAGCCCUCCUCUGCAUUUCCCUUGUCCAUUGCCUAAACCCCAAAUGUGAGACCUCAGACCAAGGCUCAACCCUCCAAGUCUUCCAUGUAUACAGCCCCUGCUCCCCAUUUAGACCCUCAAAGCCACUGUCAUGGGAAGAGAGUAUCCUCCAAAUGCAGACCGAGGACCAAACCAGGCUUCAGUUCUUGUCAAGCCUAGUGGCCAGGAGAUCUGUGGUGCCAAUUGCCUCUGGCAGGCAGAUCAUACAGAGCCCCACGUAUAUUGUGAGAGCCAAAAUUGGUACACCACCUCAGACUUUGCUCAUGGCCAUGGACACUAGCAAUGAUGCUGCUUGGGUGCCUUGUACUGGCUGUGUAGGCUGCUCUUCAACCUUGUUUGCCUCUGCUAGUUCCACCACUUACAAGCCUGUUGGUUGUGGAGCUCCUCAGUGCAAGCAGGUACCCAACCCCACUUGUGGUGGCAGUGCCUGCAAUUUCAACCUGACCUAUGGAAGCUCUAGCAUUGCAGCUGACCUGUCCCAGGACACAGUCACUUUAGCCACUGACCCCAUCCCUGGCUACACCUUUGGUUGCAUCCAAAAAACCACAGGUAACUCUAUGCCACCACAGGGCCUAUUGGGCUUGGGCCGAGGCUCAUUGUCACUUCUAUCCCAGACCCAAAACUUGUACCAAUCCACAUUUUCAUAUUGCUUACCUAGCUUCAAGUCCCUCAACUUUUCUGGGUCUUUGAGGCUUGGCCCAGUUGCUCAGCCCAAGAGAAUCAAGUACACACCCUUGCUCAGAAACCCCAGAAGAUCAUCAUUGUACUAUGUGAACUUGCAAGCAAUAAGGGUUGGUAGGACAAUUGUUAAUAUUCCACCUAGUGCAUUGGCUUUCAAUCCAACAACAGGCUCAGGAACCAUCUUUGAUUCUGGCACUGUCUUCACCCGACUAGUCGCACCGGCAUACAUUGCCAUGAGAGACGAGUUCCGAAGGCGAGUGAAGGUUCCAACAGUGACAUCCUUGGGUGGCUUUGACACAUGCUACAAUGUCCCAAUUGUUGCACCCACAAUAACAUUCAUUUUCGCAGGCAUGAAUGUGACACUACCACCAGACAACAUACUCAUCCACAGCACAGCAGGCAGCACCACAUGCUUGGCCAUGGCGGCUGCACCUGACAAUGUGAACUCGGUGCUAAAUGUGAUAGCCAACAUGCAGCAACAGAACCAUCGGUUGCUUUUUGACGUACCCAAUUCAAGGCUUGGCGUGGCCCGUGAGCUAUGCACUUAAUUUUGUUGGGUUUCUUAUGAGUUAGGUCAUAUGGUUGUGGUGUAUAAUGCAUGCGAUCAUUUUGGGUUUUUUCUUUUUUUUACUUGUAAUGCUUUAUUAGAAAUUUGUGAUCGGUAAGGUUUUAUUUUCUUUUUGGGUGGUACUUGUGGUUGUAUUUGGCUUUACUAAGGUUUAUUGCUAACUGUUACAAUGUUGGACUAGUA